GUGAACCGGAUCGUUCGAGCCGUGAAUCACUCGGCCGAGUUACCGGUCCCGUUCUGGAAACCUCCCCGGUAAGUAAACGUUUCAAAGGCAUCCGAUGGCUAACCAAACGCGUAUCAGACCGCAGGGAAAUCGGUAAAGUGUGCUCUGAGAAUUUCACCAGAAGCUGAGAAAAUGUUGCUGGCGGUCCUGUUCGCCAAUUCUGAGGGCAACAUCUUGGUUGAACGUUUUAAUGGAGUUCCAGCUGAGGAGCGGCUACAUUGGCGAUCUUUUCUAGUCAAGCUAGGUGCAGAAAAUCUUAAAGGUGUAAAAAAUGAAGAGCUUCUUGUUGCUUGCCAUAAAUCAGUUUAUAUUGUUUACACAGUGCUUGGAGAUGUCAGUGUUUUUGUUGUUGGCAAGGAUGAGUAUGAUGAACUUUUGUUGGCAGAAAUAAUCUAUGUUAUAACCUCUGCCGUGAAGGAUGCUUGUGGAAAACCUCCAACUGAGCGAAUUUUCUUGGACAAGUAUGGAAAGAUAUGCUUGUGUCUUGAUGAAGUUGUUUGGAAGGGAAUGCUGGAGAACACUGAUAGAGACAGGAUCAAGAGACUGGUACGGCUAAAACCUCCGACUGAUUUCUGAGCUGGGAAGUCAUUGCCCCAGAAUAUUGAGGAUGGAGAUCACAUUGCGAGGCACUUCACAAUUCGAUGCAUUUGCAUUUCAUGCUCUAUGGCGACUUCAUUUGCGUUUAGCGCAAUUUUAGAUGAUAUUUUGUAGUUUGUCUUGGUGGGACUGUGGGUUGGCAAAAUUUGUUGGAUCAUUAUGUGCAAAUGAUCCUCAGCAUGCCCUUACAAAUGUUGCUGCAGCCUUUUAAAUUUGAUGGAACUUUUAUUCUUCUAGUGUGAACUUGGAUGGAAUAUGACUCACACCAAAGGAAACUAAAAUGAAUUUUUAUUUUUCUAGUUUCAA